AUGUUCUCUGCCACCCGCACCGCAGCCCGCACCGCCGCUCAGGCUGCCAAUCGCCGCAACGUCUCGACCAUCCGCGAGACCCUCAAGGAGAUCAUCCCCGAGCGCCAGGCCCUCCUCAAGCAGAUCAAGUCGGAGCACGGAGCCAAGACGCUCGGAAACGUCACCGUCGAGCAGGUCGUCGGUGGUGGACGCGGAAUCAAGUUCAUGCUUUGGGACCCGUCGGUCCUUGAUGCCGAGGAGGGUAUCCGCUUCUGGGGCCGCUCGAUCCCCGAAUGCCAGCGCGACCUCCCCACCGCCCCGGGCGGCCAGGAGAUCCUCCCCGAAGCCAUGUUCUGGUACCUCCUCACGGGCAAGGUCCCCACCGCCGAGCAGACCAAGCAGUUCCAGGAGGAACUCGUCUCGCGCUCUGAGCUCCCGGCUCACGUCGAGAAGGUUUUGGACUCGUUGCCCAAGACCCUCCACCCGAUGACCCAGUUCGUCAUCGGUGUCGCCGCGCUCAACCACGACUCGCAGUUUGCUGCCAGGUACAAGGCCGGGAUGAAGAAGGCCGAGUACUGGGAGCCGGCGCUCGAGGACUCGCUCGACUGCGUCGCCAAGUCGUUCACCAUCGCCGCGAGGAUCUACCUCCACUCGUACAAGGACGGGGCAGCCAACAUGGCCCCCGUCGACAAGACCAAGGACUUGUCGGCCAACUUUGCGACCCAGAUCGGCUUUGGCGACUCGGAGGGAUUUGUAGAGCUCAUCAGGCUCUACAACUCGCUCCACACCGACCACGAGGGAGGCAACGUCUCGGCCCACACGACCCACCUCGUCGGAUCGGCCCUCUCGGACCCGUUCCUCUCGUACUCGGCCGCGCUCGGCGGUCUCGCCGGCCCGCUUCACGGUCUCGCGAACCAGGAGGUCCUCAGGUUCAUCCUCGGCAUGCAGAAGGAGCUCGGUGACUCGCCUAGCGACGAGCAGAUUGUCCAGUACAUCUGGAAGACGCUCAACAGCGGCCAGGUCAUCCCCGGAUACGGCCACGCCGUCCUCCGCAAGCCCGACCCCCGCUUCGCCGCCCUCCGCGAGUUUGGCAACAAGCACCCCGAGACGGCCAACGACCCCGUCUUCCGCAUGGUCGACUCGCUCUUCAAGGUCGCCCCGGGUGUCCUCACCGAGCACGGCAAGACCAAGAACCCCUUCCCCAACGUCGACGCCGCGUCAGGCUCGCUGCUCUACCACUACGGGCUUACACAGUUCCCCUAUUACACCGUGACUUUCGGUACCUCGCGUGCCAUCGGUGCUCUCUCGCAGUAUGUUUGGGAUAGGGCUCUUGGACUCCCUAUCGAGCGCCCCAAGUCGCUCUCGAUGGAGGCCAUCCUCAAGCUCGUCAAGUAA